CUGAUGUAUAAUUAGGUUACAAAACAACCUUCAUACUUGACGAUUAAUAAUAGCAAUCUAUGUGUAUUUACUCCUUUACCUGCUCUUGUGGAGCUGUUUAUAUUGGACGUUGUAAGCGUAAUCUCCGAAAACGUGUAGCUGAACACUAUGCAGUCUGGUUAAUGAAAGGCGAACAUAGAACUACAAAGUCGUCUAUUUGUGAUCACCUGUUAGAGUCAGGUCAUUUAGCCCCACGUGAUUCAUCUUUCAAAGUUAUCUACAUGGCGAAAUCGAAUCGAUCCAAAAGUUUACGUUUUCUUCACUUAUGCGUAGCCGAAGCUUUAGCUAUACAUGAACAGAAACCUAAAUUAUGUGUUCAAAAACGUCUUGUCAAACCCCUUUCUUUACCUUGGUCACAGUAAUGUUCUUUCUAGUUUUUACUUUAUUUUAUUUUACCACUUGAAUGCUUUCCACUUCACUUCACAUCUUCAUUCUUAUCGUAAUCGUUCUCCUAAUUUUUAAAAUUUUUAGACAACACUUGACAUUUUUAAAACAUUUUUGAUUUCAAUUCAUUUAUAAAACAAUCUUUAAUAAUUUUGUAAUUUAUCCACUUCAACUCUAUUCCUUAUAACAUUUUAAUUAUCGUUAUUCUUAUCACUUAUAUAUGUAUAU